UCUGAGCCAAAGAAGCACCAGUCCGGACGUAAUGGCUGACGAGGAGGUGGUAGGUGUUGCGGCUGCUGCUCCAGACACACACGCCAAAACUGCACUUGGGUGUAAACACUACAAGAGAAAAUGCAAAUUAGUAGGGAUGCUGGGCUGUGUGGUGAGCAAUGGAGUUGCAACUUCCACAUAUUAGGAGUCCCUGCUGCAAAAACAACUACAUAUGUCGAUUUUGCCACAAUGCCAGCGAAAAUCACCCAUUGGAAAGAUCAAAUAUAUCGGAGGUGGAAUGUAUGCUCUGCCAGACAAAGCAGCCCCUGAGUCAGACGUGCAGUAAUGAAAAUUGUGGUGUAAUAUUUGGAAAUUACUUUUGCCGCCUGUGUAAGCUUUAUGAUGAUGAAGACAAAGAACAGUACCAUUGUGAAGGCUGCGGAUUAUGCAGAGUGGGUGGCAGAGUCAAGUAUUUCCACUGUAAUACUUGUGAAUUGUGUCUCCCGAGAGAUAUGGAGAAUAGUCAUAAGUGCAUUGAAAAGAUGAGCAAAGCAAACUGUCCGGUUUGCUUAGAGGAUAUCCAUACAUCAAGGAUUGUGUCGCAUGUUCCUCCUUGUGGCCAUCUAAUACAUCGACCAUGCUUUCAUGAUCUUAUUAAAGCAGGAUUUUAUGCUUGUCCGACAUGUGGCACGUCCAUGAUCAAAAUGAAAGAGCUAUGGAAAUCGCUAGAUGAGGAAAUUGAGGAGACCCCAAUGCCAACCGAAUAUGCUGACCUCUUUUGUAAUGUUCUCUGUCGGGACUGUCACAAGGAAUCCUUGACUGCAUUCCACGUAUUAGGUUACAAGUGCUUGGCAUGUGGAUCCUACAAUACUGUGAGAAGCAAAGGUGGUCUCUUCCGGAAGCAAGUGUCUAGAACUGAUAAAAAUGAAGAUCCAAGAGGCCCUGGUUCCAGUUCAAUGGGAGCAGAAGGCUUCAGUGAUGAAAGCGAAUAAACUGAGCAACAGGGGAUGGGUUCCAUCUUUAAGCUUCCCACACAACACGGUUUGGGUAUAACAAAUUGGGUGGUCAUUUUACCAUCUUUUAUAGUAAGCUAAACAUUGUGUGAUAGAUGGUGGUGGUUAAACCACCUAUUCUAGUGUUAAAUGUGGAAGUUGAUCCCAAAGGUAGAUAACAUGGCUUGUGAUUUUUUAAUGACAAUGUGAUACUAAAUAUUUUUAAUGUUUACUUUAAAUUGUAUAAAAACUAUAUUGUUUUGGAUUUUUAAUAGGAUAAAACCUCUUAAGAUUCUUCUUACUUUGAAUUCUAGAUACAGUAUUUCAAUAGUUUUAAUACAGUAUACACAGUAUCUGAACUGGUCAUUAUCACAACUAUUGCUUUGCAUCUUGCAUAAAGAUACUGUAAAGGAGGAUGACUCAAGAUAUCCUCAGAAAAGAGGCCUUAACCCUUACCCCACAGCUACAUUUUCUGAUGGCUAUCCACAUUUAUGGUAAAAAAACAAAAAAAAAACUUCAGAUUCAAUAGUUACAGUUACAGAUAUCUCCAUCAGAGUUUUUGGCUGGCUCAUUUGUAAAGCUGUGCUAAGAAGCCGAUUUUGUUUGGUAUCCUGGUAUUGAGAGAUGUAAGAUCAUGCUUCCUUAGUCUCAAUACCUAUUUUCACCUAGCAGUAAAUACGUGCAUGUCGGUUAGCCAACUGUUGAGGGUGGCAUCUUCCUAAAAAAAAAAAAAAAUUGCUGUUGGCUGUAUAAAAGGAUCUCAAUAAGCUUUAACAGGCUUCUUGUCUCCAACAAUAGGAUACAUUUGUAUGUUUUGAGACUACUGUAUUUAUAUUCAUUAUGACAUGAUAGUAAAUUGUUGAAUUAAUGCAUUCUAUAACUUAAAUUUGUUACUACCAUUUAAAAAAUAUUUAAUUAUUAACACUUUAGCCUCAUCCAUACUGACAGUAAAUGUUCUGGUGAUGCCGAAGUGCUUUAUUCUUCUCAAAAUUACAGAGAAUCACUUUUUCCCAUUUUUUUUAAGUUUUGGAGCAUAGUGCUUAUCGGGGAACCAUCCGGAGAUCAAACUAGCAAACUACUUAUCACUCGAAACAAUAAUUGCUCUGCUUGUGAAUAUUAUCAGUAUUUGCAAACUACUUGCCAGAAAAGUUUGAAAGUUAGGUUUUUCUUUUACUCUAAUAUAUACAGAUAAUGUGCGCACAUUUCUAUUUUUUUUUUUAUUUAUUGAGGAAUGUUAAAUAUACAAGGAAUAUUGAAAUGUUCAUUAAAAUUCACAUAUUCAGCAUUGUCAUCUAUAAGCUAUUAUAAAACCCAUUUCGUAUGGCAACUAUACUGUAGCAAAUUCAUAUGUAAACAUUUUAGAAUAAAAUGCCACAACUGUUUCUUGUAAUGUUGCAUCCAUCUACAAACAUCAUUAAAAACAUAAUUGGAGCCAAAUUAAGUUACUAUUCAUACCCUAAUAUUUCCCAUGCUCUAUGGGUUGAUUUUGCUGAGCAAAAUUUUAAUUUCAACCUGUUAUAUGAAAGACAACUACCAUAUUUGCCGGCAUAUAAGACGCAUUUUUUUAUAUUUUUAAACGUAACAGAAAAUUGCAGUCUCUAAUGUGGCCGUAUUAUGGAUGAGAGUGGGACGUGCAUACUAUGCAAGUUCACUAGGCACAAAACUUGUUGCCAAUAAUAGAAUAUAGAAAACAAGCCAAAUUAUUAGAGUAAAUUGUGUUACUAAUAAUAAAUUAUUGAUAACAAGCAGUUUUCACAAAAUCACGAAAAAUUGCUUACAAUGCGUCGGCAGUUAUAAAGCAAGCUCACAACAUCUUGCCACCUUACCCAGCAUACAUAAUUCACACCCGGUAUAUGGCAUAUAUUAUUUAACGACUGUAUUACCUUUAAAAAACAUUUAUUCAUUAUCUAAAUGGAAAAGUGCUGCUAGAAAUUUGAGAGGAAUGUUAAACUUUCAUCUGCCCGUCGGCCAUUUGCAAUGGGCGAAUGACAACAAAACCAGAGUGCUGUGAUGGUGUGCUGCCCUGGUGGCCUGAUGCACCAACACAAAACAUCACAUCCAGAAAUAAAAGUUUCACAUCCUGUUAGCAAUUCUCUUCCCAAAAAUAUAAACAACUAUACAGCUUAUUUUAGAGGAGGUAAGAGUUGGGGUACAAAAACCAGCUUAAAAUAUCAGUCAAUACAUGUAUGAUGAAACAUACUAAAAUAGUUUUUUCCACAAAAUAUCCUUGUAAAAUAGGGGGUGCGUUCUAUGCGAGGGUGCGACUUUUAUGCCGGCAAAUACGGUAAUGCUUUUCUUCUAAUCUUGUGUCCAUCUUUGAAAAAUCAUUAACAAGGUGAUUGGGGCCCCUAUUAAGAGUGUUACCAUUCACACCCUAAUAUUUUUCAUGCUCUAUGGGCUGAUAUUGCUUAGGGAAUCUUUAAUUUUAACCUGUGAUAUAAUGGGCAACGUUUCUACCAGUAUGCCAACAUCGUAAGCAAAUCUGCAUAUCUCCUGCUUUACCAAACUCUUGUUCAAGUCAGGUGAGUAAAUCUGGCAUGGAUAAAUGUGCGUUAAAACUGGAGAUUGGCCAAAUCUAGGUUCAUUCAAUUGAGGUUUCGCUGUAUAAACAUUUUAGGCAUUGCUGAGUGGGACCCAAGAUGCCGGAACAUUAAUGGUUGAAAUGCGCUGAUAGGACAGACUGUUAGUUUUAAUUUUUAUUUACAUUUAAACAUUUUGAAAUUGGGUAUGGUUUUAAUACUACAGUUGAUUGACAGAUAACACGUUAAAACCUAACUACUGUAAGUUGCCAUCACAUCAAAUUGCACGAGAACAUGCAAUGCAUAGUGUUCCUCUCAUUUUUGACAUGGUUGAGUGCAUACCUGGCAGUGUAAGGGUUAAGGUACAUCUAUCUGGGAACUGCCUUUUUUUUUUUUUUAAUUUAUAUUUUCAUAUGAAGUUUGAUGUAAAAAUAUGAUGGUAACAUCACUGCAAAAUGCACACAGUACUACAACAGCUACUUUUAUAUGUUUAGUUAUUCUGAUGUACUGUAUUUUCAUAGAUUUUAACAUUUGUUUUCAAUAUUUUUAACAAGAUUUAGGGCAGUAUGGUUAAAGAAAUCAUUUUUAAUUUAUAAGUUCCGAUUGGCAGAGCAAUGAAUAAUGCAGCAUUGCUGAAAUAGAAUGUGUGUACACAGUGGCAUAUUUACUUAUUAACACUUUAGCCUCAUCCAUACUCUGGAUGAGUAUGGAUGAGUGGUCCCUUAUUUUGAGCACAUUCCUUCAAAAGUGACACCUUUUUAACAAUUUUAAACCGAUUUGUGCAAUAACUCGAACCUCAUUAUCACGUGCAUUUUUUUUUUUUUUUUUACUUCAUGGCAUGGCCUUGGAAUAACUUCCUGGACUUAUUACUUAAUUCAACCAAUCUCCCAGUCUUUUGACCUGUUUGCUUAGUCUCCUGUGUAUCCUUGUUGAAUGUCCUGACUUUCUGGACGAGCGUGUGUCUUGCAUUCCGACCGCCCGCCCCUCGUGGUCACUUGUCCCUCGAUAGAAUUCUUGGUGAAUCGGAUACUUUUGAUAUCGUUCGCCUAAUGUGUGUCUGUUCUCGUAUUGACAUCCUUGGUGAUAUUUAGCGCCCUCUGAUUAUUUCGCACAUUUGAUGGUGCUACAUAGCCUUCCUGGUUUUGUGCCUUCUUUUUGAUAAUCACUUACUUAGUCUCCUGUGGUGACCACUGGCAUCUGGAGAACCAAAACAAUAGUGCAGUUGUGGAACGAUCCUUUAACAGGCUCAAGCAGUCAUAUUGGACCUUUAUUCUACAAUAGACAAGAUAAAUUAUCUGGGUUAGCUUUGCGUUCCAAGAUUAUCUGGGUUAGCUUUGCGUUCCAUUAAAAGACAGUUGGCUAUCGAGGUGGAUUGCAAUAAAUACAGUACAUAACCUUGCAAGAAUAAAGCCUAGACAAAAGAGGCUGUUGUAGCCGCUUCACACAUUUUUCAUAUUAUAAUACUGUUUUGUUUUCCUUUUACAUUUAAAAUGAAAAUUAAGUAACAAAACAUGUUUUGAUUUUAAAUACAACAUAACUAUUAUGUACUUCAUUCAACCCACAAAUCUAAAUUUAUAAGAAUUUAUGAUAUUACGGUCUAUCCUGAACCAUUAUCAACUACUGUAUUGAAAUGACAUAAUAAUGGUCAAAGGGUGAACUGAAAUGUUGCAAAUUCUUUUAUUUUCAGAUUUGUGGGUUGGUGUCUAAUUUGUGUCUGAAGUUUGUAUUUCCUUUAAAACUGUGUCUUCCUUGUGUUUUUAUUUUAAAUACAGUAUAAUGUACAAGUGUUUUUAAUGAAUUUAAAUUUGGUAUGUCAUAGCACCUUUAUGUUCUCGCUCCCCAUGACUUUAGAACCAGGCUAUGCCAUUACGUGUACAUUACCUCGACAGGUAGACACAUAUAUGUCAUUUAAUAAUUUGCAUACUGCAUAUAAAACCUAAACUUCAUAAUUUGUGAUGAUCUGUUGAUCAAUAUGGUAGCUACUAAUGAAACAAUAUGCAUAUACCAUUCAGUUCAUUUGGGGGUAACAGGUGUGGAAACACUAAUACAGUACAGUAUUAAUUUUUCCUGGCUUCCUCUAAAUAAUAGAAUCCAAUAGAAGAUUCUGGAGUUAAUGUUUAGAUUAAAAUAUUUUUAUGAAUCUAGAACACAUUUCUUACUGAUAAUUAAAGAGGUUUUAUUAUAUUUUAAAUCUUAAAUUGUACAUAAACAAUUCUGUUGAUGUUUUUCAUUUCUAUUUUUUUUUUUUUUUUUAAGGAGACUAUUAAGUGUUAAUAUUACAGUAUUUUUGAUUGCAAGACUUGAUAUUUUGUUGAAGACGUUUGUAAUUCACAAAAGUUCUUAUACUAUACUUGGUUUUAAGCAUUUUAUUAUUUUUUUCAAUUCAUCAAUUAAAUACUCUACAUCUCAGUGUUGAGAAGGCCACAAGUUACACUAAAUUUGUGAAAAUAUAGUUGAACAAUGAAAUUCACAUUUACCAGCUUUGUCAUUGGAUGUUUUAGAAUCAUAGAUGCCAAGAAUUUUAAAUAGAUAAUGUAGAUGAAGUUACAUAAAGAUAUUGCUAUUAUCACUUAGAAUUGCUAUAUAUACUUACACAAUACUGAUUAUGUAAUGAUUUGUAUGCACAUGUUGGUAAUGUGCAUACAAGAAUGUUUCAGAUACAAAUGACAGAAAACGUAUUACAAAUCUUCAGGAAUUUUUUUUAUAAACCUAAUGAUUAAUGAAAAUUGGUAUGUAAAUAAAAUAAAUCAAGGCUUGUAACAAUGGUUCAAUGCAUGUUUAAUGAAAGUGCAAACAUUUUUAUACUGUAUGUAUUUUCAUGUAAUGCCAGAUUUUUACUGUGACAGUUUAACUGUCAAUAUUUUAACAUGAAUGUGUUUUACGUGAAUCUUUAGGCAUGUAAUGCUCUGUAGGUGUUUGGAAAGAAACCAUGGCAACUGAUGGAGCUAAUCAGGUGAGUGUUUCUCUGGAUAAUGUGUGCGUGAGAAAAUAAUGAUGUGGAUGUUUGUGAACCUAUCCAUGGCCACGAGUUUUGGGUUCAUAUUAUACAUAUGUUGCCUGUGGUUCAAUGCCUCAAACUAUGAGUUUCUUUUGCAUUAGGAUAAGCGAGAGCUACUUUUUGUGGUAUUUUAGAGCUAGUCAUAUUCAUUCUAAGGGCCUAAAUUGAAUUAGCCUUGGCAUAAUAAAGUGCCCCAUGAUAUUAUGCAAAGGCAUUAGCAUGUUUUAGAGGAUUAUGUAAUUUUCUUUUAAUGAUUGCAAUGGUAGUGAAGUAAUAAACUGGAGUAAUUGUUAUAAUUCCUGCUGAUUAUCUAAAAAUCUUGCAGGUGCUCCUCCUAGGUGUUUUAUAAUGUCCAUGCAUAGUCGUCACUGUGCUGUGGUAGCCUGUCCAAGACCAGUAUCAUUUUAUUCACUUAUAGAAUAGUUAAAACAUGUUAAUCUUGUGCAGUGUUUGGCAAUUUAUUAUAAUAUUUUUAGCACUUUUUAUGACAUUUAAAAUGUCUGGAAGAGAUUACAUUGAAUCCAACUUUCUCAAAGAAGAGAAUUACCAAGUGGGAAGUAGGAAAUAAAAUUUCAAGCCCACAAGAUACCAUUUUCAAACUUAUUUAGUACAAACAGGGUAGCAUACUAGAGCAAGAUAACAACGUUUAAGUACAUUAACAUAAAUAGCCAAAAGGUCAAACUUGCGUAGCAAAACAUUUAUUAAAUCUUGGAUUCAUUAGUAUGCAAUGUAUUUGUAUUACCAACAGUAUUACAUUUGAAAUUGAUAGUACAGUACAGUAUGUGCAGAAUCUCAUUGUGUGGUAGUCCUCUUUUUAUUUUGGAGAUUUGUACUGCAAGUUGUACUUCUUAUUUCCUGCCCAUAUUUUAAUAGGGGUGUCUGGUGACAAAUUUAUUAUUAAAUAUUAAAAGAAGAUUGGGAAUUAGUAUUGUAAACUUGUUUACAUGAUUCAUUUAUUUAGUAAGUGUUCACAGUACAGUAUUUAUGUUGAUACACUCAAUCCAAAGUCCAUAAACUUUUGAGUACUGAAUUUGCUCUUAUUGUAAAGUUUAAAUUAAUUGAAUUAACAAUAAAUCUGGGGGAUUCUGUUUAACAGACUAUUUACAAUGUUAAGUUUUUCUGUAGGGUAGUAAUAGAUUUGAGAAUAAAUAUUAGCUAUUCAAAAGUACCUUGAAAUUUAAAACUGUGCAAUAUUAUAAGCAAACUCAGGAACAAAAAUAUUUUAUACGUGAAUUAUUUGCACUGCUGAAUUAUGCAUCGUGGCCUUUUUAUUUUUCCUCUCGAGCAUGUAAUCCUCUAUAUUAGGCUGCAACCUACACAUUGUUACAGUAUUUACUAUUGUAUUGUGAGAGGAUUUUUUAAUUCGGAAUACAACCAGCAGAUUAUAUUUUGAAAAGCAGAAAUUAAUUUCUGAAUGCAGUGUUUGGUCUAUAAUUCUUUAAAGCUGUUGAGCGCAUUAUGUCGGUGUUUUUUCUUUUCUUUUUGAAGCUUUUUGUGUAUCAUGGGACUUAAGUUUACUGACACGUCUUGUGAGGAAGAACUGCCUGGCUUAGAACUGCAGUUCUCCAUCAGAAAUCCUCAUUUUGUUUUAAAAGACUAUACAGUACAUGUUUAUUUGUAUACAUAGUAAAUAAACAUUAAUAAGUA